UACACGUGAAAAACUCUGGCUGGGGCCCGGGCUUUUGCCUUCCUCCUCCUCUUACCCACCUUCCAGCACCCCUCCCUUCUCCCUCCUCCCGCAGCUCAGGUUGCCGCUUCUUUGGGGGCAACUGCUCACCUUUCCAGAGUCGGGAAGAGCCAGGGUCCCAAGUAGGGACCCCGGCGGGGCGCUGGGCGCGGGGCAGGGCACCCAAGCCUGGUAGGGCGGCCGCGGCGGGUGAGAGCCUGCUCGCCACGACCGGGACACGAGCAGAGUCCAGGCGGCGACCGGAGAGGGGCACCGUGCCGGGCAAGCUGAGCAAAGGACCUAUCAAGGGCCCUUGCUGAUCAUGAACAAGAUGAAGAACUUCAAGCGAAGGCUUUCCCUGUCUGUGCCCCGCCCAGAGACCAUUGAGGAAUCCUUGGCUGAGUUAACCGAGCAGUUCAACCAGCUCCACACCCAGAGGAAUGAGGAUGGCCAGGAUGAGCCUGGGCAGCUGUCCCCUGGCAUGCAGUAUCAGCAACGGCAGAGCCAGCGCCGCUUCUCCAUGGAGGACCUCAACAAGAGGCUCUCUCUACCCAUGGAUAUCCGCUUGCCCCAGGAAUUCCUGCAGAAGCUGCAGCUGGAGAGCCCAGGGCUGCCUAAGCCACUCACCCGCAUGUCCCGCCGUGCCUCCCUGUCAGAUAUCGGCUUUGGGAAACUGGAAACAUAUGUGAAGCUCGACAAACUGGGGGAGGGUACCUACGCCACUGUCUUCAAGGGGCGCAGCAAGCUGACGGAAAACCUUGUGGCCCUGAAGGAGAUCCGGCUGGAGCAUGAGGAGGGAGCACCCUGCACUGCUAUUCGAGAGGUGUCUCUGCUGAAGGACCUGAAACAUGCCAAUAUUGUGACCCUGCAUGACCUCAUUCACACAGAUCGAUCCCUCACCCUGGUGUUUGAGUACCUGGACAGUGACCUGAAACAGUAUCUAGACCACUGUGGAAACCUCAUGAACAUGCACAAUGUCAAGAUUUUCAUGUUCCAGCUGCUCCGGGGCCUGGCCUACUGCCACCGCCGUAAGAUUCUGCACCGGGACCUGAAGCCUCAGAACCUGCUCAUCAAUGAAAGGGGCGAGCUGAAGCUGGCUGACUUUGGCCUGGCCCGGGCCAAAUCAGUGCCUACAAAGACCUAUUCCAAUGAGGUGGUGACCCUCUGGUACAGGCCCCCAGAUGUGCUGCUGGGAUCCACAGAGUACUCCACCCCCAUUGACAUGUGGGGCGUGGGCUGCAUCCUUUAUGAGAUGGCCACCGGGAAGCCUCUCUUCCCAGGCUCUACUGUCAAGGAGGAGUUACACCUCAUCUUCCGGCUUCUGGGGACUCCUACAGAAGAGUCAUGGCCGGGGGUGACAUCCAUCUCCGAGUUUCGAGCCUACAACUUCCCCCAAUACCUGCCACAGCCGCUGCUCAGCCACGCUCCCAGGUUGGAUACUGAAGGCAUCAACCUCCUGACCAGCCUCCUCCUGUACGAAUCCAAGAGUCGCAUGUCGGCGGAGGCAGCCCUAAAUCACCCCUACUUCCAGUCUCUGGGAGAACGUGUACACCAGCUCGAAGACACUGCCUCCAUCUUUUCCCUGAAGGAGAUCCAGCUCCAAAAGGACCCAGGCUAUCGUGGCCUGGGCUUCCAGCACCCAGGGCGAGGGAAGAGCCGGCGGCAGAGCAUCUUCUGAGCCGUGCCCACCCUGCUGCAGCUCAAGGGAUGAGAGGCCACGAGGAACACAAAUUCAGGAAGUAUGGGGCCUAUGUGGCCAUCAGAGGGCUGAAAAAUGAACGCCUGUGGCUAGUCUGGAGGAGCACUUGGCAGCCCUGUUGGUAGCACUUGCUUCCUUUCCUUGCUUGCCACACCUCUGUGAUGGCCUCUAUCUGGACACCAACCCCUUUGUCACCCUUGUGGAAUGGAGGCAUGAGCUGCUUCCCUGAGAGGAAGGGAAGGGAAAGGAGGGACCUAGGACCCUUUCCCAGCUGAAGUGCAGGAGAAUGUUGGGGUCCUGGAUGGCUCAUCGGCUUGACUGACCCCUUUCUUAUCCCUUGGAUGUUUGCUUCACCUUCUUCCCCUCUAAGAACAAGGGAUACGGCACCUUACCUGGCACCCUGGAAUUGUGCCCAUGUGUGUGCUAACCCUACACAAAGUCAGACAUCCCUGGAGUAUCAGGAAAAGUAGUAUCCCAUCUUGUCACCAUCUCCACCAUGCUAUGGUCCCCUCCUUGCCAGAAGCCCUUGUACCCUCUGGCUUGAACCAAAGCUAAAAAGUCAGCAUGCUGCCCAUGCAGCAGGAGGUAGUCUGGUACUCCCAGAUGUACUCCUGCCACCUCAGCUACCCUCUGCCCAUCCCCCAGUCUGGAAAGGGUUGCCUUAAACUGGCAGGUGGUAGAACGUACACUGUCCUUGGAGCUCUGACCUAGUACCUAUGUUCUUCUUCCCUAACCACUCCUGCGGGUGUUAUCAUCCCUGAGGGCUGAUAAGUCAGCCCUGUCUCAGGGUCCUGAGGCUGGCACUCAGAUAUGCCAGGUCACCCUGACACUGGUACCAGGGUGGCCUUGGGUCUUUAGGGCUCGUGCAGCCUUUUCCCCAUCCCCCGCCUCCUUCUUAGCCCUACCCACUUGACCCUGGCACCAGCCUUUACAGAGGGGUUCAUGAGAGGAAGUUGUGUUGGCAUCACAGCCUGAGCUGGAGAAAGGUGAUGGCAACAGGUCUGAUACUGAGAGCACCAUCCUGCAUCCCCUGGAGAAGACACCUUUCCUCAGCACUCCUCUCAUGUCUCCCCAACACUUGGCUGAACUUGAAGGACAAAGGCCAAGGGGAGGUCAAGCCCAUGUUUUCUCCACAGGUCCCGUGCCCAUCCCAACCCCUUAGAGCCUGGGUUUUCCCUAACCCCCUUCCCCACUGACUGUGAAUGUCCUGUGACUCAGAGCAAAGACAGAGAAUAUAUUUAAUUCAUGUUGUACAGAAA